AUGGAAGUUCCUGCGAAGCAAGCGGAAAGCAGCAGUGGGGAGUCCGGGGGCGCUGCAGCAGCAGCAGCAGCAGCAGCAGCAGCAGCAGCGCGAGCAGCAGCAGGAGCGCGGGUCCCGCGCGGCAGCCGCGGCUCCGCGCUGGCGGCGCUCGAGCGGCAGCGCAGCAGCAGCAGCAGCGCCGCGCUGGCGGAGCUGGAGCGGCAGCGCAGCAGCAGCAGCAGCAGCAGCAGCAGCAGCAGCAGCAGCCCGCAGCGGUACCUCAGCUUCGCGCAGCGGCAGGCCCUCGUCAACUCCCCCGCCCCCGCCUGGCUCCCCGUCCUCGUGGCCUUCGGAAUGCUUUGUUUUGUCUCAAUGACUUUGUCUGGAAUUGGCGGAGAAGGGGAUUUAGGAAAGGGUUUAGGAGAGGGGAGGGAGUUGCCUUUUGCGGUGGAGUGGGGGCUGCAGCAGCAGCUGCUGCAGCAGCAAGCAGCAGCAGCAGCAGCAGCGGAGGCCGAGCCGCAGCAGGCGCCCCGCAGCGCCGCACAGCUGCUGCCCCUCGCCAGCCACGAGGGGGCCCUCGACUGGGUCGAAAGGAAAGAGUCUUUGUCCAGUUUGCUGCUGCAGCCCGCGGACUAUUUGCUGCUGCACGGGGCCCCCGCGGAGCUGCAGCAGCUUGCUGCGCUGCUGCUGCAGCAGGCGCGCGAGCUGCAGCAGACGCAGCGCCUGCAGCCCUACAGCCACUCCAAGCUCGCGCUGCUGCUGCAGCAGGACCUCGUUGCUGCUGCUGAACUCGUGCUGCUCUGCAGGAUCCUGGCCGCCAGGGGCGCCCUCGACCAGCAGCAGCAGCAGCGGCUGCUGCUGCUGCUGCAGCGCGCGCUGCAGCGCUUUGCUGCGCAGUGGCCUGCAGCAAUAGGCCUUUCCCGCUACGUGCGCAGCAGCAAAGACCAGGAGUUGUACUUGCGGCUGGUGAGCGCGGUGGCCGCGGCGCUGGAGGACGCCGCGCGAUUCUGCCUCUCCGGCGCGCAAGAAAGCGCCGAAAACGCGAAAUUAAAAGAAGAAAAUGCAAAAAUAAUCAAAGAAAGUGCAAAAAUUAACAAAAGAAAGCGCGCUUGGAACGCCUUGACGGCCCAGUUCGACUUGCAACGCCUCCUGCACGGCGCCGGCUUCCCCGAGGUCCUCGCCGACGCCUUCCGCACGGAGUAG